UCUCCCUCCCUCCCUCCCUCCUCGCCUGCGAUGUCAACCAAUGCAGUUAUUGGUCGCAGUGAGUACCCGCUCACAUGACCAAACGUUAGCGAGGCUUGAGUGGUUUCUUUGGGUGAAUAAAAUCUGCCGCCAGGUUAUUGCAAUCGCUUGUACAUAUUGUGCUGCUAUGUAUUUGCCAAACUUACAGUUUAUAUCAAACUUUUGUGUGAAAAUAACUAACGUCAACGUUCAUCAAUCUCCCCCCAGCCCCUCCUCCGUGUCUACUGCCCCAUUGAAGCCCCCGGUGUGUUUUGUAUAGUUGGUGUCCUCCGCUUGAAUUGUGUUGCUUGCUGCCUGUGUACAUAUUGACCGCAUAAUGAACAGCGACUGUAUUUUCACAUGAACACGUGCUUUUUGUGUACUGUGUAAUGAGUUUAGGACCUUGAUAAACACAGGAUGAGACCCAGAUUCAAACAGGAUGAUUGCUUUCUUUUGCACAGCCCUGUGUAACCACUUGAGCAUUUGGACAAGUAACCAGGAUCAUCCCAUCUCUCCUGGCCUUCCAUGGUAUCAUGUCCGCCUUGUCCUGUCCUCUAGUAGGAGGGUUGGUGUUCGUGCUGUGUGGUCACAUCCUAAUGAAACACAACCAGACGGGACGUCACGUGUCUGGUAGUUGGUGGAAUAUUAAACAUUAUUCAAAUUCUGGUCAUUCAUUCUCUUCAGUCUUUGCAACAGGAGCCCUCGAAUUUAAAAGCCUUGGAGUCCCUUCCCCCGGCUGAGGAUAACUGAGAGAAAGCCUCGACUGACCCACUCAGGAAUGGACAGAACGGACACGUACAGACAGACAGACGAUGCCUCGCUCUUUCCUAGUGAGGAGUAAGCGGUUGGUUUCCCCCCAGAGUCAGUGCUACCGGGAGCCGGAGCCAGAGCCGAUCCCUGUCCUCACCGAGCGGCCAGGACACACACACAGCCCCGGGAGCCCGACUCCUGCACCCCACCAGCAGGAGACAUCUGUCCCCCUCUCCCCGGCUCGGGGCGAGGGGCUGGAGAUGCAGCCCGAGCCGUGGCGGGAGCCUCGAGCACACGAGAAGCUGUUGCUGCCUGAGGUUGGAGUGCAGUUCGGAGGUUACACCUGGAGCAGCUACAGCUCAUCAGGUCUCAAACACCUGAUGGAGGACUUCCUGUCCCCACAGACCCCGUCCAGUCUCUUGUGUCCCCGCCUCCUCCAAAAGCCCCUGCCCUACACCUGUUCCAGCUGCAGAAAGAUCUUCUCCACCCCCCAUGGGCUGGAGGUUCACACCCGUCGCUCACACAGCGGGAGCCAAGCCUUUCCCUGCCGUGUGUGUGGGAAAACCUUCGGACACUCGGCCAGUCUGGAGCAGCACCGAGCCACACACAACCAACACAAGGAGAAGAGCUUCAUGUGUAAGAUUUGUGGGAAGAAUUUCAAACGUUCCUCCACACUGUCCACCCAUCUGCUGAUCCACUCCGACACCCGGCCCUACAGCUGCCAGUAUUGUCACAAGUGUUUCCACCAGAAAUCUGACAUGAAGAAACACACGUUCAUCCACACAGGUGAGAAGCCUCACCGGUGUCUGGUUUGUGGGAAGUGUUUCAGUCAGAGCUCGAACCUGAUCACCCACAGCCGUAAACACACCGGCUUCAAACCCUUCACCUGCCCCAACUGCGAGAAAGGCUUCCAGCGUAAAGUGGAUCUGAGGAGACACCUGGACACUCACCGCAAUGACUCCCCCUCCCCUUCGCCUUCGCCCCCUAGAGAGUAACCCCCUCCGCGCUCCACCUCCCCCCCCAUCCCCGGCUCUAACCCCCACCCUCACCACCAGUGGUUAACAUCAACAGAACCUGGAAAGGCCG